AUGGAGGAUGGCGAUAUUUACCGAGCGGCUAGUCAUUUAGCGAGGAGUUUACGAUCAGGUUGUUCCUCCGUAUGGAGAAACACUGAAGUAGAAGCAUUUUCGAGGUCUUCUCGUGAAGUUGAUGAUGAAGAAGCUUUAAUGUGGGCUGCACUCGAGGAACUACCAACUGUUUCUCGUCUCAGGAAAGGCAUAUUGACCGGCUCCGACGGUGGCGCCGGUGAAAUCGAUGUUCGUAACCUCGGUUGGUUACCAAACUUGAAAACCAUUUUAAUAAUUUCAACACGGCGGGCUUUGCUGGAGAGGUUGAUCAAAGUAACAGAGGAAGAUAAUGAGAAGUUCUUGUUGAAGCUCAAGAACCGUAUAGCUAGGGUUGGCAUUGAUCUUCCCACGAUUGAAGUCCGGUUUGAACAUCUGAAUAUUGAAGCUCAAGCUUUUGUUGGAACCAGUGCUUUGCCUACAGUUCUUAAUUUCACCACUGGUAUAUUUGAGGGAUUCUUGAAUCAUAUUGGUAUUCUUCCUAGUAGAAAGAAAAAGCUGACCAUCCUCAAUGAUGUCAGUGGCAUCAUUAAACCGGGCAGGAUGACAUUGCUUUUGGGUCCUCCAAGUUCUGGGAAAACUACUCUCUUGUUGGCUUUAGCUGGGAAGCUUGAUCCUGCACUCAAGUUUUCGGGGACGGUGACUUACAACGGGCAUGGCAUUGAUGAGUUUGUGCCACAAAGAACAGCUGCCUAUAUCAGUCAACAUGACCUUCACAUUGGAGAAAUGACCGUGAGGGAAACUUUGGCCUUUUCUGCUAGAUGCCAAGGGGUAGGAGAUCGUUAUGAUAUGUUAGAAGAGUUGUCAAGAAGAAAGAAACGAUCCAACAUUAAACCUGAUCCUGAUAUGGAUGUCUUCAUGAAGGCAGUAGCAACAGAAGGUCAGGAAGCAAAUGUAAUCACCGACUAUAUUAUAAAGGUUUUAGGACUGGAAGUAUGUGCAGACACCAUGGUAGGAGAUGAAAUGUUAAGGGGUAUCUCUGGAGGACAGAGGAAGAAGCGUGUCACAACAGGUGAACUGAUGGUUGGACCUGCAAAGGUACUGUUUAUGGAUGAGAUAUCUACUGGUCUGGACAGCUCUACAACUUUCCAAAUAGUGAACUCCCUCAAGCAAAGUGUACAUAUCCUUGAUGAAACUGCAGUCAUCUCUCUUCUCCAACCAGCUCCAGAGACUUAUGAUCUUUUUGAUGACAUUAUUCUACUUUCCGAUGGUCGGAUAGUAUAUCACGGUCCUCGUGAAGAUGUGCUGAGUUUCUUCGAAUACAUGGGGUUCAAAUGUCCGGAGAGAAAAGGUGUGGCCGACUUCUUGCAAGAAGUUACAUCAAGGAAAGAUCAAAAGCAGUAUUGGGUACGUAAAGAUCAACCUUACAGAUUCGUCACGGCCGAUGAGUUCUCCAAGGCAUUCCAAUCAUUUCACUUGGGAAAGAAACUCAGAGAUGAACUUGGUGUUCCGUAUGAGAAAACAAAGAGCCAUCCAGCUGCUUUGACGACCAAAAUGUAUGGUGUUGGAAAGAAAGAGUUGCUAAAAGCUUGCAUAUCCAGGGAAUAUCUUCUGAUGAAGAGAAACUCUUUCGUUUACAUUUUCAAGUUUAUAGAACUCACAGUGAUGGCAUUCAUUACCAUGACACUCUUUCUGAGGACCGAGAUGAGAUGCGAUUCGGUCGUAGGGGGAGGAAUCUAUAUGGGGGCCUUGUUUUUCGGCUUGGCUACAAUCAUGUUUAAUGGGAUGGCGGAGAUUUCGAUGACGAUUGCUAAGCUUCCCGUCUAUAAGCAGAGAGACCUCCUAUUCUUUCCUACAUGGGCCUAUGCUCUACCAACAUGGAUACUCAAGAUCCCUGUCUCAUUUGCAGAAGUUUCCGUAUGGGUAUUUCUUACCUACUAUGUCAUUGGAUUGGAUCCGAAUGUUGGAAGGUUGUUUAAGCAGUACGUCAUCCUUGUUUUAGUUAAUCAGAUGGUUUCGGGAUUGUUCCGAUUUAUUGGUGCAGCUGGUAGAAACAUGGUCGUUGCUAACACUUUCGGGGCAUUUGCCUUGCUCAUACUUUUUGCAUUGGGUGGCUUUAUCCUGUCGCGAGAGGACAUAAAGAAAUGGCGGAUAUGGGGAUACUGGAUUUCGCCUAUGAUGUAUGGACAAAAUGCAUUGAUGGUUAAUGAAUUCCUAGGAAACCAGUGGAGACGAAUUCUUCCGGGCUCAAAUGAAUCACUGGGAAUUAAAGUUUUGAAAUCUAGGGGUUUCUUCCAUGAUCCGAAUUGGUAUUGGUUCGAAGUAGGAGGAUUGCUUGGAUUCAUAGUAUUGUUCAACUUCUUGUAUACUCUGGCCCUUGCCUAUCUAAAGCCAUUCGAGAAGAAUCAGGCUGUAAUAUCAGAAACACCAGAAGAGAUUGAGCAAACCGAUGGAGUUGGUGACAAGCUUCAGUUAUCAAACAAUGGAAGUAGCUCAAGCAGUUCAAGAGACACUCAAAGAAGCAUCUCAUCCAAGUCAUUGUCUGUGUCCGAGGCUACCAUCGGGAACAAGAAAAAGGGGAUGGUUCUUCCGUUUGAGCCACAUUCAAUUGCAUUUGACGAUGUUAUCUAUUCAGUUGAUAUGCCGCAGGAAAUAAAAGAACAAGGUGCCAAUGAAGAUAAAUUGGUGCUAUUGAAGGGUGUUAGUGGUUCUUUCAGACCAGGCGUUCUCACGGCUCUCAUGGGUGUCAGUGGUGCUGGUAAAACCACUCUGAUGGAUGUGCUUGCUGGCAGAAAAACUGGUGGUUACAUUGAGGGGAACAUCAAUGUUUCAGGUUUCCCGAAGAAGCAAGAAACAUUUGCUCGAGUAUCGGGAUAUUGUGAGCAAAAUGACAUUCACUCUCCUCAUGUCACUGUGUAUGAAUCCUUGCUCUAUUCUGCUUGGCUUCGACUACCAAAAGAAGUUGGUGCUGAAACCAGAAAGAUGUUCAUAGACGAAGUCAUGGAUCUUGUGGAACUGAAUCCAUUGAGGCAAGCACAAGUUGGUUUACCUAGUGUAAAUGGUUUAUCAACUGAGCAGCGAAAAAGGCUUACUAUAGCGGUUGAGCUUGUAGCAAAUCCCUCUAUCAUUUUCAUGGAUGAACCAACUUCAGGGCUUGAUGCAAGAGCUGCUGCAAUUGUUAUGAGAGCAGUUAGGAACACAGUGGACACUGGAAGAACAGUUGUGUGCACCAUUCAUCAGCCAAGUAUCGACAUAUUCGAAGCAUUUGAUGAGCUGUUCCUUAUGAAGAGAGGAGGACAAGAGAUAUAUGUGGGGCCACUAGGACACCAUUCUAAACAUCUUAUCGAUUAUUUCGAGGGAAUUGGAGUUAGCAAAAUCAAAGAUUGCUACAAUCCAGCAGCUUGGAUGUUGGAAGUUACCACAACAGCUCAGGAAUUAGCUUUAGGAGUUGAUUUUGCUGAUAUAUAUGGAAAGUCAGACUUGUACAGGAGAAACAAGGAUCUUAUUAAAGAUUUAAGCAAACCUGCUCCUGGUUCGAAGGAACUCUAUUUUCCCACUCAGUUCUCUCAGCCAUUCUUGACUCAGUGUGCAGCCUGUUUAUGGAAGCAGCGUUGGUCAUAUUGGCGCAACCCUGCUUAUACUGCAGUGAGAUUAUUUUUUACGACCGUCAUAGCAUUGAUGUUCUGGACACUGUUCUGGGAUCUUGGGACGAGAACGGAAAAGAGGCAAGAUCUGGUCAAUGCAAUGGGUUCAAUGUAUGCUGCUGUUCUUUUCCUCGGUAUCCAAAAUGGUGCAUCAGUGCAGCCCGUGGUGGCGGUUGAACGGACAGUCUUUUAUAGAGAAAGAGCUGCUGGAAUGUAUUCUGCUAUGCCAUAUGCCAUUGCCCAGGUCUUAAUUGAGAUACCUUAUAUUUUCGUUCAAGCUGCUGUGUAUGGCCUUAUAGUGUACACGAUGAUCGCGUUCAAAUGGACCGCUGCCAAGUUCUUCUGGUUUCUCUUCUUCAUGUACUUCACCUUACUGUACAUCACCUUCUAUGGCAUGAUGACAGUGGCUGUCACACCAAACCACCACAUUUCAGCCAUAGUUUCAUCGGCAUUCUACGGAAUAUGGGAUUUGUUCUCUGGAUUCAUAAUCCCACGACCGAUCAUUCCCAAAUGGUGGAGAUGUUACUAUUACAUUUGUCCGGUAUCUUGGACAAUGUAUGGUCUGGUUGUUUCACAGUUCGGAGACAUUCCAGAUGUCCUCGAAGAUGGUCGGACAGUUGAACAAAACUUGAGAAGUUAUUUCGGUUUCAGACAUGAAUUCAUUGGGGGUGUGGCAGCUAUAAUUAUCGGUUUUACAGUACUAUUUGGAGCCAUCUUCACCGUGUCCAUAAAGUUGUUUAAUUUCCAGAAACGCUAG